GCAUUUAUAGCCUUUUUGGCCAUUUCCAGACUCUCUUCUGGUGCUUCUUCUUCAAAGGGUCUGCUUUGAUUCCUUCACCAUGAAAGGGUUGCUUUGAAUUUUCCACAAAAAAGACUGCAGAGACUACGUACUGAAAGGGUAGCAUUUUCCUUUUGAUAUGUGCUCUGGAGACACCUAAAUUUGAUGCGAAUUUGAGCCGGAUUCGAUGGUUUGUGAAAUGGAGAUCGAUAAUAUUGAAGAAAUGGCAAUGGAAUUGGAGGAAGUCCUCCCUUCUAUGUGGCCUGAGGAUAUAGAUUCCGACAAACAAUUCAACAUGGAAAAGCCAGGACAAGAUCAAGACAUGUUAGAAGAGGUCACAUUGAAAGAGAAACCGACUAAUGUUGAUUUCAAGAGGCUCUUUGAACUAACCAAACAUACAGAUACAGGCUCUUCCCAGUUAGCAAACCUUGUAAAGCACUGGGAAUACAAGCAGGCGAAUGUCGUGCGCCUUCUGAGAGAAGAACUCGACAUUCUCAGCAAGCAAAAGCAGGAAGUUGAGCUUAAGAAAUUGGAGAUAUUGGAAGAGCACCGCUUCGAGUCAGAAAGCUAUGGAGGUGACAAACGCCCCAUUUCCAUUUUGGAUGAAGUAUAUCAGUUAUGGGCUCCGGAUGUUCCUCUAAAGAGGCUUGAUGUUGUUGUGGAGAGGAAGAGAAUUGAGACAGAAGCCGAGUACGACAGUGUUGUGUACUGGAAACAAAGGGCUAUGAAUUUGGAGAGGUUAUUGGAAGCAAGUGUUGCUAGAGAGCAGAUUCUCGUCGAUCAAUUGCAGGAAAGCAUUAAGAGUAUCGAAAGACAGUCAUCGCCCGUUGAUGAGUUGUCUGAGAUUCUGAAAAGAGCAGAUAAUUUCUUGCAUUUUGUACUUCAGAAUGCACCUGUUGUUAUUGGUCAUCAGGAUAAAGAAUUGCGUUAUCGCUUUAUCUACAAUCACUUCCCAAGUUUGGGAGAGCAGGAUAUUAUAGGGAAGACAGAUGUUGAGAUAUUCACUGGGGCUGGAGUCAAGGAAUCUCAAGACUUCAAGAGAGAGGUUCUGGAGAAAGGGAUACCUGCGAAAAGGGAGAUUACAUUUGAGACUGAAUUAUUUGGUUCGAAGACGUUUUUGAUAUAUGUGGAACCUGUUUUCAACAAGGCAGGGGAGACAAUUGGUAUAAACUAUAUGGGGAUGGAGGUGUCUGAUCAGGUGAGGAAAAGAGAGAAGAUGGCAAAGCUUCGCGAGGAAAUAGCUGUCCAAAAGGCCAAAGAAACUGAGCUGAACAAGACGAUUCACAUAACCGAGGAGACUAUGCGAGCAAAACAGAUGCUGGCAACAAUGUCUCAUGAGAUAAGGUCUCCUCUUUCUGGGGUUGUCAGCAUGGCUGAAAUUCUUACCACCACAAAACUUGACCGCGAGCAACGGCAGCUGUUGGAAGUCAUGUUAUCUUCAGGAGAUUUAGUUCUCCAACUGAUAAACGACAUCCUCGACCUUUCUAAGGUUGAGUCAGGAGUUAUGAAGUUGGAGGCUACGAAGUUCCGGCCAAGACAGGUAGUUAAGCAUGUACUACAGACUGCAGCAGCAUCAUUACAGAAAGUUUUGACCUUGGAAGGACAUAUUAUGGAGGAUGUUCCUGUGGAGGUCAUUGGAGAUGUUUUAAGGAUUCGUCAAAUCCUAACCAACUUGAUCAGUAAUGCAAUCAAGUUUACACAUGAAGGAAAAGUUGGGAUAAAACUUUAUAUGGUAGAGGAUCCAACUUCUGGAUGUCUGCAAAAAUCAGAUACGAUUCAAUCAACAGUUUUAGAGAGUGGAUUGAAUGAAGAGGAAUCAGCAUUGCAAAAUUGUUGUAAUGGAGAAAUUUUCCGUGGGAACGAACCUUACCAAAUUAGUUGUAUUCAAGACGAACCUAAUACACCAGUAAAGAGCGAAACCUCAAUGAAUGGAGAUAAAGAGGAGAAGCCUCAUUCAUCUGAAACAAAAACAGUGUGGUUACGGUGCGAUGUAUAUGACACAGGAAUUGGAAUACCAGAAAAAGCUUUACCAACCCUUUUCAAAAGAUACAUGCAAGUGAGUGCUGAUCAUGCUCGAAAAUAUGGCGGGACAGGAUUAGGAUUAGCAAUAUGCAAACAAUUGGUUGAACUAAUGGGGGGCCAACUAACUGUGUCUAGCAGAGAACAUUGUGGAUCCACUUUCACAUUUGUAUUACCUUACAAGGUUUCAACAUCCUCCGAAAACUCUGAUGAUCCUGAUGAGCUCACGGAUAUGGCUGAUUAUGACGAUGCUGUUACUGAUGAUGAAGUAGCUGAAAGCUAUAUCCAGUUCCAACCACUCACAUUAGGCUCUCUGUUCUCUUCCAAUGGCACUAGCAGGAAUCAUAAACUGCUAUCACAUAAACUCAAUGGACCGUCCCAAAAUACAUACUCUUUUCCAUAUAACAACAUCAGACCAGAGGAGACAAUUUCAGUUGAAAAUUGCUGUUCAGCAGUUGAUGAUGUUGCCGAGACAUUAUCAGAAACAGAGAGGUCAGUGAGUCACACCUCGAAUUCUAAAGGUGAAACUCCAUCUAUUAGAGGCAGAAAAGGUCAAGAUGACUCAAACAGUCAAUCCCAAAAUUCUUCAUCAGAUUCAAAUCAUCAUGCAGAGGCAAGCAGAGAAAAUGGUGUACCAGCAAAGACAAAAGAACCUCAAGGAACUUGUACGAGACAGGAAAAUUCAGAUGAAGAUUCAGAGUGUAGCUCUGGCAACAGUUCGAAAAUACCUAAAUCAACAUCGAAACCUAAGAUUCUUCUUGUUGAAGACAACAAGAUCAACAUUAUGGUGGCACAGUCAAUGAUGAAGCAGUUGGGCCAAAGCAUAGAGGUUGUGAAAAACGGAGCUGAAGCCGUGCGCGCAUUUCAGCGCUGUAGAUAUGAUCUCAUCCUGAUGGAUGUUCAUAUGCCAGUCAUGGACGGCCUACAAGCUACAAGAAUAAUACGCUCUUUCGAAGAAACUGGCAGCUGGGAAGCUGCUGAGAAAGCUGGAAUCGAGCAAGAUUCAAAUACGCUAGAAAACGGCCACCGACAUAAGCCUUGUGGAAAGCGAAUCCCAAUAAUUGCGGUGAGCAUUCCCAACCCUUACACAAUGAACUCGAUUCUUCUUUUAAAUGUGAUUGAAUGUGCUAAAGAAUGUUGUAUUUUUUUGGUUGCAGAUGACAGCAAAUGCAUUUGCAGAGAGCGCAGAAGAGUGCUUUGCAAAUGGGAUGGACUCGUUUGUGCCGAAACCAGUAACGCGCCAAAAAUUGAAAGAGAAGCUUGAUCAAUAUCUACCAGAAUGCAACCUAGUGUAAACUUUUCAUGGUUUUUUCUGUACAAAAACGACAGCGUGCUAGGAAAGUUUUGUGAUCCAUGUAUCAUAUCCUUCUCUCUAACAAUUAGCUUCAGCUUAUGAAAGUGUACAUACACAAGCAAAAUCCUUUUUGUCCUAAGUAGAUUACUAAUUCGAAUUGAAAUUAACAAUGGGGAAUCUUAGCGAGUCUUAACGACGUCGUGUUGGAUCGCUUACUUAUCUUUGGUGCAGACGCCGUACUUGUCCUGCAAUCUGGCGAUUUCGUCUUCGUGCGGUCGAAAUUAUCGGCCAUCUUGGCCUGCUGGUUGACCUCCGGCGGCAGCCGCGUGAUGACUUUCCGGAGACUGAUUGC